UCAUUCCCGCCGCUAUAUUGCCGCAGAUUGAGACCGACUUCCUUGCUCAACGAUUUUGAACCGCUGCUAAGUUCAAAUGGUAGAUUUUUGCUCCAGCACGGUGUUUUCAGAACAAACUGUGUAGAUUGCCUGGAUAGAACAAAUGUUGCUCAAUUUGGAAUCGGGAAGGUGUCUCUUGGACUUCAGUUGUAUUCUAUGGGGCUUGUCGGAGAACCUUUGCUUUCUUCAUCCAGUGAAGUUUGUCGGAUAUACGAAGAUUUGAUGGAUCAGCAUGGCAAUACAUUAGCACUGCAGUAUGCGGGAUCUCAAUUAGUGCAUUCAAUCAAGACUUAUAAAAAGAUAUCUGUUAUACAGGAAAGAAGUCGUGAUGUGAUUCAAACCCUGUCGAGGUAUUAUAGCAACACUUUUGGUGACUAUGAUAAACAAAAUGCAAUCAACUUGUUUUUAGGCGUAUUUAGACCAAGUAAUGCAAGUUUUCAUUUGUGGGAUUUGGGAACUGAUCAUUAUCUUCACUUCCCUGCUGAUUUCAAGAUGAAAGCAGAUUACUGCGCAUGGUUUGUUGAUUCCGAUUAUUGGAAAAGUUUUAAUGGAUGUAGUGAUUGGAAAUACAUUGAUGAUAGUAUUCUUCCCAGUGUUAGUGUGGCACCACUAGUACCACGUUGCCACUGGUUGAUUUCUGCUGAAGAUUUAUAUUACAUAUACUAUCGUUUAUGGGAAUUAUCAAGACUGGACGAUUUAAUUCGUGAGCAGAAGGAUCUCCAGAAAUCCAUAAUGGUUGAUGGCGUGAAUCAAAGCAUCGCUCAUUGCUAUAGUUUUGCCAAAUUAUGGAGGCAGGAUUUGAAUGAUAAAGGUAAUGUGAAGCAAGAAAAAACUGCCUUGUCAGAUGAUGAUGACGAAGAGGACGAGCCGCCGUUAAAAUCAGACACUGAAGCACAUUAUGAGUGCGGUUUUAGUUCGGUG